CGCCUCCCGGGCGCAGGUGGCCGCUUCGAGCAGGAAGUCCCCACUGUGCAUCUCGCCGCCUUCGCGCUCUCGGUGUGUGCAGCGGCCGCGGCGCGCCAGGGGCCAGGAGCCGAGCUAGGGCGGGCCGGUGGUGGCUUCCCCGUUCGCCUUGCGAGCGCAUCUUCGCUCACACGAGACGAGGGGCAGGGAGCUCGAAACUCGCUCCUCCUGAGAGAGUCAAGCGGGCUGCGCGGGUGGGAAAUCCCAGACGCGUAAAGAGAACCUCGGACUCUGCUUUUCUGGUUCCACUGAGAAAGGGCUUUUCAUUUGGGGAAGGGAUUUUUCAUUUACUUUUAUUGUAGAGGGAAAGCGAGAGUUUCCUUUCCCGCUCUCCUUUGGGCCCCCUUUUUCACAAUAAAGAGGCCACCGACAGAUCUCCUGAUGGCUUCCGGUCCAAAAAGUUCUGAGCCGAACUCCCAGCUCGGAGACCCCGCUCCGAAUCCCAACAUCAGCCCUCAGGAAGAGCUGGACUUCUCCAUUUUAUUUGAUUAUGACUACACGAACCCGAUAGCAGAAGAACCGACUCCUUCACAUAAAAUCAUCAGCCCACCCUCUGGAGUUACUUACCCUCAUGACGAUGUCUCGGAUUAUGGCCUCAAGCCAUACACCCCCUUCGCUUUGCCUAGCCUUUCGGCAGAUCACAUGGGCAGAUACGGACAGCCAGAUAGCCUAGGGUCAAAAUGCUACUUGGACCCGGGCAAGGCUGCCGGUCCCCCUACUUUGAGCCCUAGGAUUGAGAUAACACCAUCUUAUGAACUGAUUCACUCGGGGGGUCCCUUCAGCAGCAGCAGAGACACAGAUCUAUUGGUAGAGCAUCAGUCCAACUCAGCUACUGCUAGCCCAAGGUUUACCCUGCCUGUCCCUGGCUUUGAGAGCUACCGAGAACCGCUGUGCCUGAGCCCUCCUAGCAGCGGCUCCUCUGCAAGCUUCAUUUCAGAGACAAAUUUCUCUCCUUAUACCUCACCAUGCGUUUCACCAAAUAAUGGCCCUAGUGAUGACCUUUGUCCACAGUUUCAAAACACCCAUGCUCAUUAUUCCCCUAGAACCUCGCCAAUAAUGUCCCCACAAGCAACCAUCGUGGAGGAUACCUGCUUGGGGCCACGUUCAACAUCUCCACGUCCCAACUCAAGGUCGUCAUCGCCAGGAGCAAAGCGGAAGUACCCUUGCCCCGAGCUCUACGGGAGUCAGCAACCUUGCGCUUCUCCGCGGCAAUCGAGGACCCCCUCUCCGCAGGCCUCUCCCCAGAUCCCCUUGAGAGAAGACGGCUCUUCAAUCACUUACACCCAGCUAUCCACCUCUUCUAGCCUGAUGGAUGCAAUGAGCAACCUCACCACUGAUCCCUCUUGCGGAGUCCCCACAAAAAUAUGGAGAACCAGCCCGGAACCUUCGCCGAUGUCUUCCCACAAAGCCAGCAUGCCGUGUCACAUGCUUCAGCCAAUUGAAUACAUUGGGCCUUGCGAGCAGGAUGAUCGGAGAAACCCACCACCUGAGUCUAUCUUAUUAGUGCCACCAUCUUGGCCAAAGCAGCUGAUGCCUGCAAUACCUAUCUGCAGCAUUCCUGUGCACUCCCUCCCACCACUUGAAUGGCCCCUCUCCAGUCAUUCUGGCUCUUACGAGCUGCGGAUCGAAGUGCAGCCCAAACCCCACCACCGUGCCCACUAUGAGACGGAAGGGAGCCGAGGGGCAGUCAAAGCACCAACAGGGGGGCACCCCGUGGUCCAGCUUCAUGGAUACAUGGACAACAAGCCCCUAGGUCUUCAGAUCUUCAUUGGGACAGCAGACGAGCGGAUCCUUAAACCACAUGCUUUCUACCAAGUCCAUCGCAUUACAGGGAAAACCGUCACCACCACCAGCUAUGAGAAAAUAAUUGGCAACACCAAAGUGCUGGAGAUUCCCCUGGAGCCAAAAAACAACAUGAAAGCAACCAUUGACUGUGCAGGGAUCCUCAAGCUGAGAAAUGCAGACAUUGAACUGCGGAAAGGGGAGACGGACAUUGGUCGGAAGAACACCCGCGUGCGACUGGUCUUCCGCGUACACAUCCCCGAAUCCAGCGGCAGGAUUGUUUCCUUGCAAGUGGCAUCCAACCCCAUUGAAUGCUCCCAACGCUCUGCUCAUGAACUUCCGAUGGUCGAGGCACAAGAUGUUGACAGUUGCUUAGUAUAUGGUGGACAACAGAUGAUCCUGACGGGCCAGAAUUUUACUGCAGAAUCUAAGGUUAUAUUCACAGAGAAGACACCAGAUGGGCAACAGAUUUGGGAGAUGGAAGCCACCGUGGACAAAGAUAAGAGCCAACCUAAUAUGCUUUUCGUGGAGAUACCAGAAUAUCGGAAUAAGCACAUUCGUUCCCCCAUCAAGGUGAAUUUCUACGUGAUCAAUGGAAAACGGAAAAAAAGCCAGCCACAACAUUUUACCUAUCACCCAGUGCCUUCCAUAAAAACAGAGCCCAUUGAUGACUAUGAUCCAGCUUUAAUCUGCAACACAGUACACAGUGGUCUAGGAACAGUAACACAGCCUUAUUAUUCCCACCAUACAAUGGUCUCUGAGUCUCCUUCCUGUCUUGUGGCCACGAUGGCUUCUUGCCAGCAGUUGCGUUCCAGCCUGUCUUCUCCUGAAUCUCGAUAUCCUCAACAAACCCCAGGGGCUGUAAUAUACCAAAGAAGCAAGAGUCUCAGUCCUAGCCACCUGGGCUACCAGCAAUCCAGCUUGAUGGCUGCACAAGUUUCCAUCCCUGAUGUGCACAGGUCUGUGCUGGUGCACACAGGCUCUCCCAGCCAAAGCGCAGCAGUGCUCCACCAUUCUCCAGCCAAUCAGCAGUCUUCCCCCGUGAUUCACUGCUCUCCCACCACCAAUCAGCAGUUGAGGUGCGAAAGCCAUCAGGAAUUCCAGCAUAUCAUGUGUAGUGAAAAUUUCACAACGAGCGGAGUGAGAUCCAGCCAACCUCAGGCCAGCCAAGCACAAAGGUUAAGCCCAAUUUCGUACCCUACCGUGAUUCAGCAGCAGAGAACAGCCAAAAAUGGACCGCCAGUAAGCGAUCAGAAGGAAGCAGUGCCAACUGGAGUCACGGUUAAACAGGAACAGAAUCUUGACCAAGCGUAUUUGGAUGAUGAGCUGAUAGACACACACCUUAGCUGGAUACAAAACAUUAUAUGAGACAGAAUGACUGUGCUUUUUUGAACCGAGCAAUCAAAGUCCAAGUUAAUGAAAUUAUCAGGAAAGAGUUUUCUGGACUCCCUGCCAGAAGUCAAACAUAGAAGAAGAGAUUUGCGCGACAACUUUUACUGAAUGCUUCCGUACCUGACCUCUUAGAUUCUUCUCCUGCCCCAUCAGCCUCCUGCUUCCUUAACUGAUCAUCUCAAGGCACCGGUUCAACACCAGGAACAAUGGACUGGCAUCAAACUGACAGCUUUGACUAAGCAGCUCGGCACCUCUCACUGUAAACAUCAAAAAGAACACUCUUCCUUUUGUCCAAAGAUCAUGUUGUUCUCAUGUUAGCAACGCAUGUGCCUGACACAACCUAUUAAUAUGACUACACACACACACAGGAAAGAGAACUUCAGCAGCAAUGAAAAGAGAGCGUCAGUCUAGAUGCCUGUGUAGAAUUCUACGUCUGCUGUGAACAACAGAUGAAUCGCAAAGUCGCCCGCUCAGCAAAAUACAGAGUGUGAUGUUUCUAGAAAAUUAUCAGAUUUGGGGAGGGAGGAAAUUAAUGGCCAGAACUAAUGAUGAGAUAACGCAUAGGCAGUGUGAGGCAGAAAAACAUAGAGGAACAGAUCUCUGCUUGCAGCAUAUAUUUUUGUUCUUUUUUAAAAACCGAGGCCCAAACAUCACGCUGCAUGGUAUCAUAGGAGCUUCGGUGUCGUGCAGGAGGGCUGCUGUAAUGGGAAGGGGGAAGAAAACCAUGCAGUGUGGGCAUAAUGCCUUGUGAUGCUGUAAAGCAGCUCUCUGGAUUGUGGCUUUACCACAUUGUUGCUCAACCCAUGGGAUGCACCGAAGACACAUUUUCACUGCUUUGGACUAGAAAAGAGACGAACUCAAGGCAUAGUACAGCCAAAAACUCAGUUGGGGUUUUUUUUGGUGUGUUUUUGUGUAAGGCCUGCAGAUUUCACGGAAGAGAUUUCAGCAUCUGCUUAAAACUCGUUUUUUUUAAAUUAACUUUGCUUUGGUGGUGCUUCCAGUUUCCUAUUAGUUUACCAGGUGCUGCAUUUGACUAUAUGCAUAGCCCUGCAAAAUUGAAACGGGUUGGUUUUUUAGGUUCCCUCUCAGCCCUACAAAGAAUAGAAUGUUUUUAAAGUCAUCUCAACUUAAAUUGGAAAGUGCUAUUAUGUUUUGUUUCUCAGGCUUUUCAAGUUCAUCAAAUCUCAAGCUUUCUCAUAAGAAUCUUAAGAGCAGGCAACCCUAAAAGACCUUACGCUUUCAAGUUUUUAUUUACAGAAAACAUAUGAUACUGAAUAAUUGAGGCUGCCAUCUUGGGAGUUACCUGGGAAUAAGCCCCAUUGUAUUCAAUUGGGACUUAUUUCUGAGUAGCCAUGUAAAUAUAGUAUUGUGCUGCCAAUUAUUGAAAUCAAGUUCAGUUUCUUGGUGCUCAUUGUGAUAGUUCUCAAAACGCCCAGAAAACUCAGGGAUCCUUCUUAACGAUGUUGCAACAGAAGUGUUUUUCCCCUCAGUGAAGUAUAUUUAAAUUUCCUAGCAAGAAUGAUUAACAUGUUCUCAAUGUGGAGAUCUUGUUUUCUCUGAUGGUUGUGUUGCAAUGAGGAACAGCCUCUCUUCUUGGCCACCUUGGCGUAUUGCAGAAUUGGGGACUCAAGAGUCAGUCUAUACAUCUGGGUAAAGCACAUGGUUCCUGAAACUGCACCAUUUCAGACUGGAGAUGGGGAAGCGGGAAGUUGCUGCAUGUCGGCAUGUUUCUCCAGGACAUUUUCCUGCCUAUGGAAAAGUAUCAUGUCAGGGUCAGGGAGCAGAUUCUUCUACCUGACAUGCUAGCUUUCCACAAGUCUCUCUCUCUCUCUCUCUCUCUCUCUGUGUGGGUGUGGGUGUG